UUAAAUACAUAGGUUUAUUUCCAAUUUAUAUCGAAAAGACGGAAUCUUGUUACACUAAUUUAUUUUAUUAUCUCUCCUUCCUCUUCUUCUUCUUGUGUGGAAAUAAUUAUCUACAGGCCAUGGAUUGCUCUUCUUCAUCCGAACUCUUGGAAUCGCCGGAGUGUGCCUACAAGCUUCUAUUCAAGGCCGCCUCCUUCAUACCCAAAUCGCAUUACGCUUGUUUUCUUCUCUUCUCUUUUAUCGUUUACAUCUACAAUUUCCUUGACUUUCAUUUUUUUGAGGAUGCAUUUAAUGGGUUCCGUGGAUCGCCGGUUUCGCUUACUUACAACCCUUCAUCCAAGAUUUACCAGGACGUUGUAUCCAAGUGCCGGAUCCUGCAUGGCAGGGUUUUGACCACGCCGUGGCUAUCGAGCCCUCAUAUUCAGACUACUUUUUUGAAUUUCUUUGGGAGACCUCCAACUGUUACCUACAGAAGACAAUUAUAUCAUGCAACUGAUGGUGGUACUAUGGCUUUGGAUUGGUUGCUGAAAUCUGAUGUUUUGGGAGAUGGCAGGUUCAAAGAUAAUUCUAUACACAAAGAUGAUAUGACACCCAUUGUGAUCAUCAUACCGGGAUUAACUAGUGAUUCAACAUCUCCCUACCUAAAACAUCUAGCCUGGGGAACAGCAAAAAGUGGAUGGAAUGCCGUCAUCACCAACCACAGGGGUCUGGGAGGCAUUUCUGUUACUUCUGAUUGCUUUUAUAAUGCUGGAUGGACCGAAGAUAUCAGAGAAGUUAUUCAUUACCUCCAUCGUGAAUAUACUCGGGCUCCACUCUUUGUUAUUGGAACCAGUAUCGGUGCCAAUAUCCUGGUAAAAUUUCUUGGAGAGGAUGGUGAGAAUAUUCCUAUUGGUGGUGCUGUUGCAAUCUGCUCACCAUGGGACCUUCUGAUUGGUGACAGGUUCAUAUCCAGAAAACUUGUGCAGAAGCUAUAUGACAGAGUCCUUGCAAUUGGUCUGCAAGGUUAUGCCAAAUUGCAUGAAACUCACUAUACCCGUCUUGCGAAUUGGGAAGGCAUUGCAAAGUCGCGCUCUAUAAGGGAUUUCGACAAUCAUGCGACCUGUCUUGUUGGGAAAUAUGAGACUGUGGAUACAUUCUACCGACAUUGUAGCAGUUCUAGUUUUGUUGCAAACGUGUCGGUUCCACUUCUGUGUAUUAGUGCUCUAGAUGAUCCCGUCUGUACAAAAGAAGCAAUUCCUUGGGAUGAAUGCAGAGUAAACAAAAAUAUAGUCCUUGCUACAACUAAACACGGAGGUCAUCUUGCAUUUUUCGAAGGACCAACUGCUUCUAGCCUCUGGUGGGUGCGAGCAACUUGCGAAUUUCUGAGUAUUCUCAGUUCUAGUUCCCACAUGCAUAUCCAGAAGAAGACCAAGUCAACCGAGACAUGCGGAUCUUCUUCUUCUUUCAAUCAAGGGCCUUACCUAAAUGUAACCGACGAUGGAAUGGUAGCAGCUGCUGCGGUUGGGAAAGAGCUGACAUCAGGUGUAAGAAAAUUUCAGCAGACCACUUUGACUACUUCUGAUGAUUCAACUAGUAGCGAAGAAGAAGCGAUUUUUGUUGUUAACAAGGAAUCCAAGAAGAAGACCACCAAUAAUCAUCGGGCAACAGCCAAGGACAACAACACAAAACAGUUGGAAAUAUUGAGCAGAAUGAGGCAACACUUUGAUCGACUUGUUCGGAAAAAUAAAGGGUCCUUAUGGCUUCUUGCUUAUAUUGCUGUCUUAUCUACCUGGCCUUUGUUGGGGACUGCUCUUCAUUAUAUCUUCAAAAGAAAAUUAAAGAAUCCAACACCACUUCUCAAGUCAUAGUCACAACUGUUCAUUCUGUAAGAGAAUCAUCUUACCUUUGACAGCAUCAAAAAGGUAAUGACAAAUACCAUCUUCAGAAAUCUGUCAAAUUAGCUUCAUUCAUUCAACCUUCUUUCAUAAUAUAUGGAUCUUACAUGAAAACAUAUAUGAUGAGUAGUAGGAGAAUAUUACAACUCAUUUUUAUGUACAAUAAGAGAUUUUAUUUUUUUGCAUGUA